AUGAACAGCGUGGCAGAGACCGAGUUGCUGACGCAAUUGGCCGCCUUGCUGAUGCCUGAAGAUGUAGCCAUUGAAGAGAUGUUCCGCAACUUCCCAGCCCCGGAGGGGUGGGGUGGUAACUAUUUGGAACCAGAUCUGAGUUUGUUUGGGGUUCUGAAAGAUGAGAAUGCUGCAUUAUUUGUGGAAUAUGAUGGAUCUUGGCGGCAUGAGACAAAGGAAGGAAUGGAGAGAGAUCAGAUGAAGAAUGCAGCACUCUUGAAAUAUGCAUCUGCUGGGUCGUAUAUCAUUCGCAUCAGCCACACAAUUAGCAAACCAUUGGAGGGAAAUGCUCUCUGGGUCAAAAUUGAUACUUGGCGCAGAGGGGAUGUGAAGACACUUUCUGAAGUACUGAUGGAUCUUUUGGUGCGAAUCAAGAGUUCUGGCCUACAAGAGCUUUUGCACCCAAGGGUGGCCAAUCGAGUGAGUGUCCACAUGGAGCGGGAUAGCAUCAAGCUUUCAGCCCAUGCGCACCAGCUGGCAUGCUCAGCGGUAGUGGUUGGAGGGGGCAACACCAGCGAAGAGAUUUCAAGUUUCCUGUCAUCAGAAGGAUUUGGACUCCAAAACGCCACCUUGGCACAGGCUCAAAGUUGUUGUGGAGUAUCCAUAGAGAGGACAUUGCAACCCAAAAUGAACUGGUUGUUAGGCUUGGGGCUGACAAAGAGUCAGGCUGCGAAGGCAGUGUCCACUCAUCCUCAGAUUCUUGGCCUUAGCAUAGAACAUAACUUGAAACCCACUGUGCAGUGGUUUCUCGGGUUGGGGCUGACAAAAAAUCAGGUUGCGAAGGCAGUGGCCACUUCUCCUCGCAUUCUCGGGUAUAGCAUCGAGCAAAACUUGAAACCCACUGUGCAAUGGCUGUUGGGUUUGGGGCUGACAACGAGUCAGGUUGGAAAGGCAGUGGCCACUUUCCCCCCCAUUCUUGGGUAUAGCAUCGAGCAAAACUUGACACCCACUGUGCAGUGGCUGUUGGGCUUGGGGCUGACAAAGAGUCAGGCUGCAAAGGCAGUGUCCACUCAUCCUCAGAUUCUUGGCCUUAGCAUCGAACAGAACUUAAAACCAACUGUGCAAUGGCUGUUGAAUUUGGGGCUGACGAAGAGUCAAGUUGCGAAGUCCGUGUUCACUGCUCCUCCCAUUCUGAAGCUGAGCAUCGAGCAAAACUUGAAACCCACUGUGCAGUGGUUUCUCGGGUUGGGGCUGACGAAGAAUCAGGUUGCGAAGGCAGUGGCCACUUCCCCCCCCAUUCUUUGGUGUAGCAUCGAGCAAAACUUGAAACCCACUGUGCAGUGGUUUCUCGGGUUGGGGCUGACGAAAAAUCAGGUUGCGAAGGCAGUGGCCACUUCUCCUUGCAUUCUUGGGUAUAGCAUCGAGCAAAACUUGAAACCCACUGUGCAAUGGCUGUUGGGUUUGGGGCUUACAAGCAGCCAAGUUGCCCUGACAGUGGCCCGUUUUCCUACGAUCCUUGGCUACAGCAUAGAGCUGAAUUUGAAGCCCACAGUGCAGUGGCUCCAGGGGUUUCACGUGAGCAAGAAGAAACUUCGAAAAGUCAUUGCAAAUUGGCCUCGUCUCUUGGGAUACAGUGUUGAAAGCAAUCUCGAACCAAAGGCACGACUUCUGGAAGAGUUCUGUUCACAACAGCAGGCAAGUGAAAUCAUUGCCAGCAACCCUGAAAUACUGCGAUUCAGCUAUAGGCGGAUUGCAGCUCGCUUCAGCAUCCUCUCGAAGCAGAACAAGCAAUCUCAAGCGUACUAUGCCAUGCGUUUGACAGAUGAUGUCUUUGAGAGACGGAUCCCGCGCAAGUUUGCCAAGACCAUUGGCAUUGCCGUGGACCACCGCCGUAGGAACCGAUGCACCGAGAGCCUCCAGGCGAACGUGGAGCGACUGAAGUUGUACAUGUCCAAGCUGCUCCUUUUCCCCAAGAAGUCGGGCGUCAAGGGCGUCAAGAAGGGCGACACGCCUCGCUCGGAGCUGCAGAACGUGGCACAGAACACCCUGAAGGAGAUCAUCCCGGUGCCAAAGGUCACCAAGCGCAUCAAGGCGCGCGCCAUCACCAGCGAGGAGAAGGAGCAGUCUGCCUACAAGACCCUCAAGAAGGCAAGGACCGCGGCACACUACCAGGGCGAGAGAAUCAAGAAGGCCAAGGAAGCCGCCGCCAAGGAGACCUAG